AGGUUCUGGUUCUGGAGGAUGUGGAAGGAGGAAGGCACGAAAGCAGGACGUUGAAGGAGUGAUCAUCCAUCUUAACCCUGAAACAGGCCCAGGUCUCUUCUUCCCACCUGCCCAGCAGCAUGAAGACAGCAUGACUGGCCAGCCGCAGGAGAAGCCCCCAGAGCCAGGCUCCCAACUGCCGACGCCAAGCAAACACAGAACCUCACAAACACAGCAGGAGUGUCGUGAUCAAGUUUCCAGCCCAUCCAUGGGAUGACUGUGGUGGUGACACACAAAAAUCAGAUAGUGAUCAGAGUCUUGUGUGUGGCAACCUUCCCAGGGAAGUGACUCUGCAGGACUGUUGAGGAAGGUUAAGUAAGGAAGACUUAAGCCAUUAAGGGCAUUCUGAAAUCAACAAGCCUAACCCCACAGGGUAACAAUGUUGGGUACCAUUUUAAGAUCCGUCAUAUCAUAUCCCUGCUUACAAAUUCAGCUUGAUUAUGGGCGUGAGCAACGUCUCCUCACCGCGGUGGUGUCUGGUCCGUACCUCAGCCUGGGUGAGGAUGUAAACCCCUCGGCUCUGCGGAUGAGAGGUACAAGCCGACAGGAACCCCUUCCUCCAGCCACCCUCACAGAUAUGUCAGCCGUGGAGUAGGGUGGACACUCUCAUCUUCUCAGGGUCUUGGUCUUUUUUGGAUUUUCUCCAUUUACUUUUAUUUUUAUGGUUUUGUGGCUGAACAUUCACAAACCAAGGCGGACACCAUGGGAGAUCAGCAGCUGUACAAGACCAACCAUGUGGCCCAUGGCGGUGAGAACCUUUUCUACCAACAGCCACCCCUUGGUGUCCACGGUGGGCUGAACCACAAUUAUGGGAAUACAGUCUCAGGAGGUGGAAUAGAUGCCCCGCAGGCCUCACCUAUCUCCCCCCACUUCCCUCAAGAUACGCGAGAUGGCCUGGGCUUGCCUAUUGGAUCCAAAAACCUUGGCCAAAUGGAUACCUCGAGGCAGGGCGGAUGGGGAAGCCAUGCAGGACCUGGGAACCAUGUCCAGCUACGUGGCAACUUGGCCAAUUCGAAUAUGAUGUGGGGGGCACCGGCCCAGGUGGAGCCCACGGACGGCUACCAAUACACCUAUUCCCAGGCCAGUGAGAUCCGGACCCAGAAACUCACCAGUGGUGUUUUACACAAGUUGGACUCUUUCACCCAGGUGUUUGCCAACCAAAACCUGCGCAUUCAGGUCAACAAUAUGGCCCAGGUGCUGCACACCCAGUCAGCAGUGAUGGAUGGAGCCUCUGACAGCGCCCUCCGCCAGCUGCUGUCACAGAAGCCCUUGGAGCCCUCAGCAUCCGCUAUAGCUUCCCGCUACCAGCAGGUGCCCCAGCAGCCUCAUCCUGGUUUCACUGGUGGGCUGCCCAAACCAGCCGUUCAGGUGGGGCAGCACACCACCCAAGGGCACCUGUACUAUGAUUACCAGCAGCCCCUAGCCCAGAUGUCACUGCAAGGAGGACAGUCGCUGCAAGCUCCUCAGGUGCUGUCUAACCACAUGCAACCCAUGCAGCAGCACCAGUAUUAUCCUCAGCCACAGCAGCCGCAGCAGCCAGCUGGGCCACAGCGGAUCUCCGUGCAAGAAAUCCAACAGCAACAGCAGCAGCAGAUUCGCCCCCCACAGCCGCAGCAGCAGCAGCAGCUACAGCUACAGCAGCGGCAGAGUUCCAUGCAGAUACCUCAGUAUUAUCAGCCCCAACCCAUGAUGCAGCACUUGCAAGAGCAGCAGCAGCAACCGAUGCAUCUGCAGCCCCCUUCUUACCACAGGGACCCUCAUCAGUACACCCCGGAGCAGGCACAUGCUGUCCAGCUAAUCCAGCUGGGCUCCAUGCCCCAGUAUUACUAUCAGGAGACACAACAGCCCUAUAGCCACCCCCUCUACCAGCAGAGCCACCUGUCCCAGCACCAGCAGCGUGAAGACAGUCAGUUGAAGACCUAUUCUAGUGACAGGCAGACUCCAGCUAUGCUGAGCUCCCACGGGGACAUGGGGCCUCCUGAUACAGGAAUGGGAGACCCAGCAAGCUCAGACCUGACCCGGGUCAGCAGUACCCUUCCCCAUCAACCGCUUCUGUCCCCCAGUGGGAUCCACCUCAACAACAUGGGUCCUCAGCAUCAGCAGCCAUCUCCCAGUGCCAUGUGGCCCCAGAUGCACCUACCUGAUGGGAGAACCCAGCCAGGGUCCCCCGAAUCAAGUGGCCAACCCAAAGGAGUGUUUGGGGAGCAGUUUGAUGCCAAGAACAAGCUGACGUGCUCCAUCUGCCUGAAGGAGUUCAAGAGCCUGCCUGCCCUGAAUGGCCACAUGCGGUCCCACGGGGGAAUGAGGGCCUCCCCCAGCCUCAAACAGGAGGAAGGAGAGAAGGCCCCACCGCCUCAGCCUCAGCCCCAGCCGCCGCCGCCUCCUCCGCCACCGCAGCUCCCUCCGCCGCCACCGCAGCUCCCUUCUGAGGCAGAACGCCUCACGCCUAUGGUCAUGCCCGUGUCUGUCCCUGUCAAGCUUCUCCCACCCAAGCCCAGCUCUCAGGGGUUCACCAACAGCGUUGCUGCCACCCCCUCCGCCAGAGACAAGCCAGCCAGCUCCAUGUCGGACGACGAGAUGCCUGUGCUCGUGAGGAUGACCCCCUCUCCCCCACACUCCCCCCAAGGGGCUGCCCCCCACGCGCCUGCUGAAAUACCCAGAAAACAGCACCCACCGAGCAAAGUUGAGGAGCCCCUCAAGACCCUCCCCGAGAAGAAGAAGUUCCGGCACCGGCCUGAGCCCCUCUUCAUCCCGCCACCACCUUCCUACACCCAGAACCCUGCCUCCUACUCGGGGGCCACCCUGUACCAGAGCCAACUGCGCUCCCCGCGCAUCCUCGGGGACCACCUGCUCCUGGAUUCCGCCCACGAGCUGCCCCCCUACACACCACCACCCAUGCUGAGCCCGGUGCGCCAGGGCUCAGGGCUCUUCAGCAACGUCCUCAUCUCCGGACACGGCCCAGGAGCACACCCGCAGCUGCCCCUCACCCCGCUCACACCCACGCCUCGAGUGCUGUUGUGCCGCUCCAGCAGCAUCGAUGGCAGCAAUGUGACAGUUACCCCAGGACCUGGAGAGCAGACUGUGGAUGUUGAACCACGCAUCAACAUUGGCCUGAGAUUCCAAGCAGAGAUCCCGGAACUACAAGAUAUCUCUGCCCUGGCCCAGGACACACACAAGGCUACACUGGUAUGGAAGCCGUGGCCUGAACUGGAAAACCAGGACCUUCAGCAUCGAGUGGAGAAUCUUCUGAAUUUGUGCUGUUCGAGUGCGUUGCCAGGUGGAGGGACCAAUUCUGAAUUUGCUUUGCACUCUCUCUUUGAGGCCAAAGGUGAUGUGAUGGCUACUCUGGAGAUGCUGCUGCUGCGGAAGCCAGUCAGGUUAAAAUGUCAUCCCUUAGCAAAUUACCACUAUGCCGGUUCCGACAAGUGGAGUUCCCUAGAAAGAAAACUGUUUAAUAAAGCACUAGCCACUUACAGCAAAGACUUUAUUUUUGUACAGAAGAUGGUGAAGUCUAAGACAGUGGCUCAGUGUGUGGAGUACUACUAUACCUGGAAGAAGAUUAUGCGGUUAGGGCGGAAGCACCGGACACGCCUGGCGGAAACCAUUGACGACUGCAUGACAAGUGAAGAAGAAGAAGAGGUAGAGGAGGAGGAGGAAGACCCAGAGGAAGAUAGGAAAUCCACAAAAGAGGAGGAGAGUGAAGUGCCCAAGUCCCCGGAGCCCCCACCAGCCCCUGUCCUGGCUCCCACUGAGGGGCCAACCCUGCAGGCCCUUAGCCAACCAUCAGGCUCCUUCAUCUGUGAAAUGCCCAACUGUGGAGCUGACUGUAGAUGUCAUGUCACUCCAUUUCUUCCCCAGGUGUUCAGCUCCCGACAGGCACUGAACGGCCACGCCCGCAUCCAUGGUGGCACCAACCAGGUGACCAAGACCCGAGGUGCUGUCCCCUCUGGGAAACAGAAGCCAGGUGGUACCCAGAGUGGGUGCUGCUCAGUGAAGAGUUCACCCUCCCACAGCACCACCAGUGGCGAGACAGACCCCACUACCAUCUUCCCCUGCAAAGAGUGUGGCAAGGUCUUCUUCAAGAUCAAAAGUCGAAAUGCACACAUGAAAACCCACAGGCAGCAGGAGGAGCAACAGAGACAGAAGGCUCAGAAGGCAGCGUUUGCAGCCGAAAUGGCCGCCACCAUCGAGAGGACUACGGGGCCGGUGGGGGCGCCAGAGCUGCUGCCCUUGGACCAGCUGAGUCUCAUGAAGCCUGGGAAGGACGUGGGCAUCCUGGGCGACGACGUGGUCCAACAGUUAGGUGUCAUGGAAGAGGCAGAGGUCGUGGGCACCGAUCUUCUCUUGGAUGACCAAGAUUCGGUUUUGCUCCAGGGUGACACCGAACUAUAGAUCCCUGCCCCGUUCGUCACUUAGAGACACAACCCACGGUCCUCACCUCUUCGGAUCAGGAAAACCUGGACUAACUGCUUAUUUGGGAACCCUUUUAAGCUACCUGUUUAAAAAGUGGUCGUUUUCUUCAGGUUAGGGGGGAAAAAAUCCAGUUUCUUUCUCUUUUACCUUUUUAAAAUUGUUUUUGUUGGGGGCUGGGGGGGAAUAAAAACUUGGCACAACUGUCUUUAAGGGGUGUUUCAUCUGGGCCGUGUUCUCCUGAAAUCAUUCCCAGCAGGGGAUGAACCCGACCUUCAUGUUCCUUUGCUUUCAGAUGUCAGCCACCCUGGUUGUCUUUAAUCUCAAAGCUUGCUGAGUGAGUGUGAGUGAGUGGUGUGUGUGUGCGUGCAUGCGUGCGUGCGUGCGUGUGUGUGUGUGUGUGUGCGUGUGUGUGUAGCACGUUAUCCAUUCAUGCUAGGACUUUGGGCUAUGUUUUUCCACCAAGAAUUAUUUGUAUUCUGUUCUGACCUGCCAGGAAGUGUUCCCCACCCCUCUCUCUCAGAAGAGCCUAUUUGUUCUCUCUUUUUUGCAACACAGAUCAUGGUCAGUGGAGUUCUGAAAUGACGUUGCACCAUUCAGAAGUACUGUAAAGCCUCACUGGGAUUUGCUGUAACUCAUGUCCGCUGGACUGGUUUGCCUAGAUGUUAGCUAUACAGAAAUACAGAAAUAUGCUUUUCUAACACCUAGAGAUAACAGAUACAAAGGAAAUUGCAUUGAAAGCCAACAAAAAAUGAGUUCAGAUUCACUUUUGCUACAAUUACAAUGUUCGCAUUCAAACACUGAAUGUAUUCCUGACAAGUCACUUACCAAAGCACGUCUCAACUUCUCUAAAGUUGACUUUGCUCUGCCCCCGACAGCAGGGGGCACUGUUUGUACUUGAAGGCAAAAACCUGUAAUCCCUCAAAAAUGUCAUGGUCUGGGCUUCUGUGUUCAGUCAGGCUGACCCCUCCCACUGUUAGUGCAAAGGACAGACUGGAACACUGUCCCUGACCCAGGAGAGCUCCUGUCCACGCUUCUUCAGUGUUAAUGGUGAGUGGCGUCCAGGACAGGGGUCUUCAGGUCUCACCUCUCUAUAGGUAGACCAGUUGCCCAGCUUCCUGUCAGUGUGCCUAUGUUGCACUGGGCUGUGUGCUGGUACAAACACAGCUUCAAGUUAGAGAGCAUCCUAUCAGAGGAAGGGGGUUGGGCCAGAGCAUCCUUUACAUUUGAUUCUGCAAAAACAUUUGGUACACACUCAGGGGACAGAGGUACCAUGACCCAAAUGGCCCCAUGAAGACUAUGGCUUCUGAGUCUCAGGAAAGCCAUGAACAGAAGACAAAUAAGAAGUUUCUUUUUGUUCCCUUUGUUUUUAGCAAUGUCUUGGAGGUUUCUCUCAUUUUUUUCUAGGCGGAGGAAAAAAAUAUUUUGUUUGCUGCCAUUUCAAUGGGUUGCUCUAGCCUGUGUUUGAUCUCAGAAGUUUUGAAUCAAGAACUGCCUGGGUAUCCUGCAUCAGCUUUGUUAUAGAACCAUUCCAAAUGCCACUCAUUUGCAAGGGCAUGACUUCUUCCACUUAGCAGUAUGUAGGCUGAGUCUGAAUUGGUCCUGUCUUUGUGUCUAGAAGCUUAUCUACAAAAAGAGCAGAUGCCCAGAAAUCUCAAUAAAGCAAAUGCUCUUUCUGAUUAGGGACUAGCCAGUUGCUACAGUUUGAAAUAUUAGAAAUAAACUUAGCUGCCACAGCCAAUAUAUAAUGCACAAUUUAAUUUUAAUUUUUCAUGCAGUACAGCAUUAGGAUUUUCUUUUUACUUGAAAUAACCAAAGAACUCCUCUUUAAUGAGACAGUUCAGAUACCUGAAUUCAUAUUUCCAGACUAUCAACUUAAAAGAAUUGACUUCCUAGUAAAAUAUUGCACUUACUUUUUUUUUGAAAUGAUUCUGCCUGCAUGUGUGUGUUGUAUUUUAGCUCCCUGCCUCCACCCCACCCCAAAGAACUUUUCUUCCUAAUGAUUAAAGUCUUCAACAUGGUUCCUGUUUACUAUUGGAUGGUUUUUCAUUAGUGAAUUUAGACUCCCUUUGAGAAAGCUUGUAUAUAAAAAGUUAACAGAUAUAUU